AUGCGUUUUCCAAGGCUUUCGCAUCUCUUCCAUCGCCGCGCCAAAUCUGAUGGUGACCUUAAUAAGCUGGCCUCAGUGCCCACAGCAGUCUUGGCCCCAAGACGUGCAUCUGCUAACGGAUUUGACGAGCUGGUUCUCGCCGCAAAUCAUCCAGCCGAUACUUUCGCCUCGUACAUUACUGCAGUCCCCGUCUCUGCGACACAACCUUUCCCCGACCCACCUGCUGCUGUCGCUUUCUCGCAUCCCGGUCUAGCAUCGACCGAACUCAAAGAACGUAUUCGCGAAUUGGAGGCUGCCCUCGCCUUUCAGUACAAGGCAAAUCGACGCAUCCCUGCUCUCGAGACCGCCCUCCAAACCGAGCGUGCGGCGCUGGAAGUUGCGAAACAGACGAACGAAAAACUUGCCGCCGAGGUUGUCGCUCUCCGCACUAACCUGAUCCAGACACAGCGUCAGCUUCGCUUGGCUCCAAAUGCCGACGACCGUGCAUGCGUCUUGGCGGCUGAGAACUCAUCCCUUACCGCGGAACGUCUACGUCAUCGCAAGUUCAUCGAGCUCAUGGUCGCUGUGGGUGGACAUAAGCCUGUGCUAGAUCGGGCAUCCUGUGCUCUUUUUGACGGAAUCGAUCCAGAGGCUGCUCUGGUUUCUGCGAUCAAGGAUGCUGUAGCGCAACCAGGAAGCGUCUGGGCAACACUGUUGGAUCCGGUGCUCGGUCCCCGUACGCCUAACGAAUACUCCUCUCAGGUGCGUUGUACCCUGCGCGCAAGACAGGAUGCACGGGAAUGGCACAAACGGGCAAAGUUUUGGAAAGGAAAGGCACGAGAGAGUUCGGCACAUUUGGAAACGGUCACGCCCUCGGUUUCAAAUAUCUCGUCAGUCGUUGAAGUCCUGUCGGGGGAUCGACAGCGCGCUCUGGACAUUCUCAUAGAGAGACGUCGGGCUAGUGGCGCUUCCGCUGAGGCAAUGGAAGAGGACACUACAAACGCUCUGGAGCUGCAGUUUGACGAACAUGAGCCAGACUCAGAUGAGAUGGUUAGCGUUUACAAAGCUGCAACUUCCACUCGUUCCUCUGUUCCUUCUGCUCUAGCCACGCUCGUCUCCUUCUCGUCUCUUUUGAUGGACAAUGGCGAGGCAUCGACAGCCUCAGCUGAUAUUUUUGGCCCUUUGCGUAUCCCCUUGGCUGGACAGCUUCCAAUCUCAGAUCCUAAUCUAGCGCCAUAUGCCAAUUUGGCCCCACUAGCAAGCGAGACGUUCCGUGCAAGCCAUUCAAUUGUGAAUUCUCGCCGCUCGUCAGCGUCCUAUUCUCUAUCAUUCUCUGGGUCGUUCUCCCGUUCAUUAUCGCACUCUUUAACCUUCUUCGGGUAUGCCACCGAGAUUGAGAGAGAUGGUAUCAGUGCUUCUCGAUCCGCCUCCAGCCAUGCGAGUAACAAUUCAAGAAGUUCUGCACGGAGACGUAUGGAAGUCUUGGGCAUCGCAGAGGGUUCGGACCUUCAAGUAAGUCCAGAGGAGAGCGGGCCUAGUACUGGGUCCUCGCUUUCUGGAUCUAUAGCAUCAUCGCUUGCGCGACUAGGGACAAACGAGGAGUCGGGUGCAAAGGCUGGUCCUGCGCCUGCAGCCAUACAUACGACCUCUCCCACUUCACUCUCAAUGUCAAGCUUGCCAGUGCCGAGCUUCAUCAGUCGCACCCCACAGAGGUCCCAGGAUGGUCUCCCUUCCCUACUGGAGAUCAAUGGAGAACGCGACUCGGACGAGGAGCUGGUGAUCGUCAUGCACAGCGAUGCUCCUAGUGUUGUCAGGAACAGCCCUAAGGCACUCAAGCCUUCAUCUCCGAGUGCAAGUGGAAAGAGCACUGCGACUCCAGAGAAGUCGCGUCUUCCUGUUCUGAAGAAGGCUAUUCGAAGACUGUCGAUAUCACGUCCGGUGUUAAUAGACUCGACUAACGCGGCCACGUUCUCGUUCUCGACAGCCGCAGCGAAGAUCAAGUCGCCUCGCCACCCCGUCACCCCUUCAAAGCCAGUUGCUCGUAUAGACAUCAGAGCGCGAGCAGCUCAGCCUCAAAGCAAUGGCAAGGAAAAUGGCGGCCCAAGACGGAUACAAAAGUCUCCAGGAUCAGUUUCCCCCAUUUGUCCUUCAAAGAUUCCAAUGGGCCGGCGUAUGCAGCCACUGGAAUUAAUGAACUCAGCACGGCGAGCUGUGCAGUCGAAGACACGCAUGAGGACAGGGACAACUUAA